AUGGACGCUCAGGCCCUAAACUCGACGAUGCAGAACAUCGCCCUGGGCGAGGCGAUGGUGGCGGCGGCGAGAGACUACAAGAAGGAGAUGGAGGACGCGGAGGCUGCCGCCAAGGCGGGCGCGGCCCACCAGGAGGUCGACAUCGACGACCUGAUGGACGACCCCGAGCUGCUGCGCCUGCACGAGGAGCGUGCGGCGAGCAUCCGCGAGGAAGUGGAGAGGCGUGCGCACAGGGCGCGGCUGGAGGAGAAGGGGCACGGUGCCUACACGGAGGUGGAGGAGGGGGACUUCCUGGAGCUGGUCACCAAGACGGAGCUGGUUGUGGUGCACUUCUGGCACGCGGGAUUCGACCGGUGCAGGAUCAUGGACAAACACCUGGACGUCCUGGCCAGGAAAUACGUUCGGACGCGGUUCGUCAAGCUCAGCGCUGAGGAUGCACCAUUCUUCACGAAGAAGCUCAAGGUGAUGGUGCUGCCUUGUGUCAUCUUCUUCAUCAAUGGGAUUGCCACUGGGCGACUGGUUGGCUUCGAUGAGCUUGGUGGCAAAGACAGCUUCCAGACGUCUCAGAUGGAGCAACGGCUGUUGAAGGCGGGCGUGGUGGCCGUCCCAGACAAGCCUGAGAGCGACUCAGAGGAUGAACGGGAGAGCAGGAUAAGGAGAAGUAUGUUGGGCAGGCAGCUGGAUUCCAGUGAUGAGGACUCGGACUUUGACUGA